AUCCACCUCGCGAACCUCGGGCAGCAGAGCUCGACUCACACGGACGUAGAGCUGCUGCCUUUUCCCCUUGCAUCGGGUUUGGGAAACCGGAGACGCCGGAUAAGCGUUUUCCAGCAGUAAGGCUACAGCGUGCGGCGUUUCUUCCAACUCUUCUGUCCUAAGGCGGGAUCUUUCAGCAUGGGUAAUGGCAUCAACAAGGUCCUUCCAGAUUUAUACCUGGGAAACUUCAAAGAUGCAAGAGACAGAGAACAGUUAGCCAGAAACAACAUUACACACAUCCUGUCUAUUCAUGACAGUGCCGCUCCUAUCCUCCAGGAGAUGACCUAUCUCUGCAUUUCAGCAGCUGACCUGCCCACACAAAACCUAUCUCAGUACUUCAAACAAAGUAUCAUUUUCAUGCACGAGUCCCGCCUAAAAGGAGAAGGCUGCCUUGUUCACUGCUUGGCUGGGGUGUCCCGUAGUGUCACCCUGGUUGUAGCUUACAUAAUGACGGUGACAGGAUUGGGUUGGCAGGAAGCCCUGGCUGCGGUGAGGGUGGCCCGGCCCUGCGCUGGCCCAAACCUGGGCUUCCAGCGGCAGCUCCAGGAAUUUGAAAGAACUCAAGUCGAACAGUUCAGAGAGUGGCUACGGACAGAAUACAAGGACAACCCCUUCAAUGAUGAGGCUGAUAUACGUGACUUGCUUGCUAGGGCAGCUAAAGCCAAGACUGAGGCAAUAGAAGAACUUGCAAAAACAAACGCCCCACCUGAAGGUAUUUGAAGAGCUGUUGUGAUGAGAUCUCUGGAGGAUUAUGGGAGGAUAUGCUGACAUGCUGCAGACCUAUCUGGAAGUCUGGGUUUGUAUCACAGAUGGAAUGACUCUCUAAAGUAUCAUGGACAUAAAAUGCUGGGAGGGACUGUCAUUGUUGUGCACAGUCCCUAGUCAUUUUUAAUGUUUAUUAACUGAUGUUUCUGGUACUGUUUUCCUAACUUAUAAAUGUUCUGAACUGUGUGCUAUUAUGAUUUCAAAUUGUCAAAUAAAAGACAUGAAGACAAGUGCUUUGUGAGGUUUUUGGUCAGUGGGCUGUCAUGUUGAAGGUGAUAAGACACACUGUGCUCAGUUUAC